CACAAAUAGUAACAUCACCAGAGGUUUUGUCAAUCUCUCUGUAGGUGUCAGCAUGGAUCAUGGUAUCGUUGGCGGUAAUGUGUCCAUUCCACACAGCCGCCCAUACAUGGUCUACAUUCAUGACAAACAAACACAUAAAACAUGUGGUGGAUUUUUGAUAAGAGAAGAUUUUGUGAUGACGGCUGCCCACUGCAAAGAAAAUCAUCUGAUGGUGUAUUUGGGUGUCAAUGACACAAAUCAUUUACCUGAGGGUAUAGAGGUCGAUGCCUUUCCACAUCCAAAAUUUGAUUCCAACAAUAUGACUGAUGACAUCAUGCUCCUAAAGCUUAAAAUACCAGUAACUCUGAACAAGACUGUAAAUAUCAUUACCCUGCCAGAAACUAAAAGAGAGAAUAUCUCAAGGAACUGCAUGGUUAUGGGUUGGGGCUUACAAGAACAUAAUGAGAAGUUUCCAUCAAGCGUCCUGAGAGAAGUGAACUUGACUCGUUUACGCUCUAAAAAUUGUGCCACAUGCUACACUUUAUGCACUAAGGAUAAAGUCGGGCCAGCACGGGGAGACUCUGGCGGUCCACUAAUUUGUGGAAAAAAUGCAGUGGGCAUUGUGUCUUACUUCAUAAUGAAUGAGUUUACAAGCUACCUUACAAUGUAUACUAAAAUCUCUCACUACCUUCUAUGGAUUCAGAAAAUUAUGAAUGCAACUCUUUGAUGCAUCACAAACCAUCAAAGGCAAAGCUGGAUAAAUUCAACAUGUUUGAUAUAUGAAAGCUCUUCAUCUGCAAUUUAAUGUACCAGAUCAAAAUAAAAGCAAAUCUU